AUGGACAAAGCCUUCUGUCUUGAGAAGCACACAGGACCUGAGCUCUUCCCGCCCUGGGCUUUUUGUUGUGCCCUGAAGCCUCCCCCCAGCCGUAGGUGCCCUCACCUUGCUCCACCCUUCGGCAGUGCAUGUAAAUGGGGGCUGGCCAGGGAGUGCCCUGGGAGGCUCCUGGCGCCCGGAGAGGGCUCAGCCAGCGGUGCGGGUGGCGACCGAGCCCAGCAGUCGUCCCGGCAGCGAGGGCAGCGCUGCCCCAGUCCCGCCGUUCCGUGCCGUCCGUGCCCGCCGUGUGAGGGCUGCCGCAGGCCGCGGCCUGGAGCGGAGCGCUCCGCACUUUGCCUCCCGCUCAGCCUCUCCCGCAGCACCUCACCGCUAUUUCAGGGCUGCAGGAAAAUGUGCUGGGGAAACCGUGUUAGAGUUCUUUUCACUGUGACUCUGGUCUGGCAGGCUGUUCAUUUAGAAAAAGGUCCUGAAAGAGAAGAACGUAGAGAAGUCUCAAUGAGAAGUCUCAAUGCCACGGUACAGAAGCAGCAGCCCAAGAACGACGGGACCUCUUCUAUAAAUGUGCUCAGUGACAUGAAUCAGAGUUAUGAAAGUAGAAAGCAGCAGAGUUCCAAGUCAUUCGUCCCUUUCACUGGAAUUACAGAGAGUAAAAAACUGAACAGACGCUGCUGCCAGAAUGGAGGGACUUGUAUCCUGGGGACCUUUUGUGCCUGCCAAAAGCACUUCAGUGGCAGAUACUGUGAAUAUGAUGAGCGGAAAGGCUACUGUGGCAGCAUUCCCCACGGCAUCUGGGUGCUGAAGGACUGCUGGCUUUGUCGGUGCGGCUAUGGGACGCUGCACUGUCUCUCAGAAGUAAGGCGCGGAAGCUGUGAUCAGAAAUCGGAAACAGAGGAAAUUAUCGGACUGUAUUCUAAUGGUUUAAGAUUACAGAAAACAGUGUUUUCAGUCACUUGCCUGCUCAUCAUCCUCCUGGAGUUCUGGUAG